AUGAGGCCGCACGACAUCCAGGAACACUUCCUGAUGAUCCAUGGGACGAACUGCUGUGUGUUCCGACACAACCGUUUGCCCCAAGUGCUCCCGCCGUUGCUGGGGCUGGAGUUUGUGUUCGGGCUCCUGGGCAAUGGCCUCGCCCUGUGGAUCUUCUGCUUCCACCUCAAGUCCUGGAAAUCCAGCCGGAUUUUCCUGUUGAACUUGGCUGUGGCUGACUUUCUUCUGAUCAUCUGCCUGCCGUUCCUGAUGGACAACUACGUGAGGAAGUGGGACUGGAAGUUCGGGGAUGUGCCGUGCCGGGCGAUGCUCUUCAUGGUGGCCAUGAACCGCCAGGGCAGCGUCAUCUUCCUCACCGUGGUGGCCGUGGACAGGUAUUUCCGGGUGGUCCAUCCCCACCACGCAGUGAACAAGAUCUCCAAUCGCACCGCGGUCAUCAUCUCCUGCCUGCUGUGGGUUGUCACCAUCGCCUUGACAAGUCACAUCCUGAUAAGCAACAAGCUGUUCCACGCCGACGCCGAAGGCUUCAACCUGUGCAGCAGCUUCACCAUCUGCAACGACUUCAAGUGGCAUGACGCCCUGUUCCUCCUGGAGUUCUUCCUGCCCCUGGGCAUCAUCCUCUACUGCACCACCAGAAUCAUCUGGACGCUGCGGCAGCGGCAAAUGGACAGGCACGCCAAGAUCAAGAGGGCCAUCUGCUUCAUCGUGGUGGUGGCAAUCGUCUUCGUCCUCUGCUUCCUGCCCAGCGUGGCCGUGCGCAUCUACGAGCUCUGGCUGCUGCACACGAGGGGCAUGCAGACCUGCGCCGGCUACAGCUCGGUGGACCUGGCGUUCUUCAUCACGCUCAGCUUCACCUACAUGAACAGCAUGCUGGACCCGCUGGUGUACUACUUCUCCAGCCCCUCCUUCCCCAACUUCUUCUCCACCUUGAAGCGCCGCUGCCUCCGGAAGAACAGCCCGGAGGAGGCAGAUAACUACCGCAGCACGAGCGCCGAGCUCACCGGGGAUCCGAGUACCACCAGGAACAUUCCAGACGUGCUAAUGACUGACCCCGGGGAGCCCUGGAACCCCUCUCACCUGGCCCCAGAGGCUCGUUAA